CAUUCACAACAAUGAUGAGCACAGAUGGGAGUGAAACAGUCUCUUUUGGAUCAUCUAUUUCCACUGCUGAACUGCCAGAAUCUAAUAUUACUGAUGUCACUGAACCACCAGCCAAACUAAUCAAAUCUAAACAUGAACAUUGCUCUCAAACAGACUCUAGUCACACUCACUCAGCAGGUUGCUCUCACACCACUAGUAUUGCUGCUCAGACUGAAGAUAUCCCCAGUGAUGCUCUUCCUCGUCGAGCCAUCCUUACAAAGGAGGAUUUGGAGAGAUUCCAGACUUCUCCGGCCUGCCAAGACUUUAUUAACUUUCUCACCGACCUCAACCAAUCUGUCAGAAACAUUACUCUGAGUACAGCUGUUGCAGAGUCUCCCAAUAUUACCAAACUGUUAUCUGUCCUUGAAACCUUGGACGGAUGGACUGUGGAUUUGCCUCCUGAUGAAGAAGGAAAGUCUCGAUUUGGUAAUCCUGCCUUUCAGCGUUGGUACGACCGUCUCGACUCUCAGGCUCAAACCCUUCUUGCUCCCAUUCUGUCUGACCACAGUUCUGCCAUUCCCGAACUAGCAGUCUAUCUACUCCACUCAUUUGGAAACAGAAAGCGGAUUGAUUACGGAACCGGCCACGAGGCUCAUUUUAUUGCCUUUUUACUAUGUUUGGAGAAGUUGGGGAUUGUACAAAAAGAAGACUAUCCUGCACUGGUGCUGAGAGUGUUUUGGAAGUAUAUCAAAGUGAUGCGGACACUGCAGUUUAAUUAUUGGUUAGAACCUGCUGGGUCGCAUGGUGUAUGGGGACUGGAUGACUACCACUUUCUCCCCUUUCUAUUCGGAUCAUCACAGCUGGCAGAUCACAAGUACUUUCGUCCAAAAUCUAUCCAUGAUCCUGAUAUCAUUGCUGAAUUCUCCAAAGACUAUAUAUACUUUGCAUGCAUCCAGUUUAUCAAUUCGGUCAAGACCGCUUCACUGCGUUGGCACUCGCCAAUGCUUGAUGAUAUUAGCGGUGUAAAGAAAUGGGACAAGGUGAAUCAAGGCAUGAUUAAAAUGUACAAGGCGGAAGUACUGGCCAAACUGCCCAUCAUGCAGCAUUUUUUGUUUGGAUCGCUGCUUGCAUUCAAAGGCAGUGCAUUUAGUGAAGGCGAUGCUACUGAGGAUCACGGACACGAUCAUAUUCAUGCAUUUGGUCAGGAACAUCCAACAUGUUGUGGAAUGAGAGUGCCAAGUGCGAUUGCUGCUGGACUUGCUGAACAUCGUGCUCUUCCCCGUCGUCCACUUCCAUUCGAUUAGCAGAUCGACGUGUUGACUCGAUGUAUUUGUCUUUGCCAAUAGGGUACAAGUUAGGAUUGGAUCUUAUAUCCAGCCAUUACAAUUCAGUGAGUUUAACAAAAUAUAUAAGCUGAUAAGUUGGGGUUAUGGCGUCAUUUAUAAAUAAACAAUAGUGAUAAAAUCC